AAUCUUGGGUAGCAAGGAAUGGAAUUUUAUAAACCGAACAUGGCGACGCCCUCACACGCUCAAGCUGUCAAGUCUCUCUAUGAAUCCCCUCACACUGACCGUCGUUUUGUCUUUCGCUCAUUCUCUGAGAGAAUACAUGAUAUUCAAAUCGAUGUCUAUACGAGUCUUCAACCGAUCAAAGCUAACCCUAUGGAAGGUUCUUUUUUCAGAGACGGCCUAAUAUAUUGGAGGGAAUUGAAUACUGCACAGGAUUUUAUCUCAUUCUAUGAUGAACUCAUGCCUUGUACACAAACACAUUACCUCGUGCUCUUGCAGAAGGAAUUAUUAAUCUCAAACCUACUCUCUAGGUUGCACAUCAAAGCAAGGCUGUCCCUUGAACCGCUUCUCAUGUUAAUUGCAGAAUUAUCUAGAGAUCUUCUAGAGGAGUUUAUUCCACUAUUUCCAAGAAUUGUUGAUUCUUUAGUAUCUCUUUUAGAAAGUGGAGCUGAUAGGGAGCCAGAUAUAAUUGAGCAGAUCUUCACGUCAUGGUCAUAUGUUAUGAUGUAUCUGAAGAAAUAUCUAGAACACAACCCAUUACAAGUGCUUAAGGCCACACCAAAAUUGAGGUAUUAUCCAAAGGAAUAUGUUCAACAAUUCAUGGCAGAGGCUGUGUCAUUUGUUUUGAGAAUGGCCCCAUAUGAGCAACUCAAAAUAGGAAUUAGAAGAGUCAUCGCCGAGGCUGUGAAGGAGCCGUCUCAAUGCCGAGAGUCUGGUGUUGGCUUAUUGCUUUAUAAUAUCAUGAAAGGUUACUCAUCAAGGCUCCAUUCGAAAGCAGAGCGAGUGUUACAGUUAUUGACAAGCGAAACAAUUUAUACCAUUGCUGAUGGAGCCAACCAAGAGUCAAAAACCAUUUUGAACAUCAUAAAAGCCGUGUUUGAGAAAUUGUGCGAGACAAUAGAGCCCAAAGAUUUGAAUUUGGUAUGGAGUUGCUUAUAUAAGGAAGUGCAUGACUGUGUUAGUACUGGAAACAUCAGGCAUUUAAGACGCAUUUUACCAGUGCUUGUCUCAGCUGUAGAGGUGCGAAAAGGGCAAAAGGUGUCUGAUUAUAAGCCAAUGCUUGAACUUGUCCUCUUGCUUGUGCGCUCAUAUAUCACACCUUUUGGUGUUGCCAAGUCACAAGAAGAUACAUGCUUAGUUGUUGGUGAAAUUUCGAUAUUAAUGUUGGCUACUCUCGACGGACUCUGUAAUUACAGCAAAUCAAUGAUAUCUGAGUGUGCUACUCAGUGGGCUCCAAUUUUUAAAUCACGAAGCUUGAGUUUGCUACAUUUCAUUGAAAAACUGCUAGAGAAGGAUUUCUGUUUACUUGCUUUCAAAAGUAAUGUUAUAAGUGCAAUAAACGAGUUAAUGGAGAUUUCAGAGGAGGAGGUCAUACACCUAUUACAGUCCUUCUGUGAGAAAAUACAAUUGGAUAUACGAGACUCAGACUUUGUAGACGGAGAAAGUGCAGAAGCAUUAGUUAGGAUAUGCAAUCAUUUGCAAAUGACUAUCCGUUCUUGGAUUGAAAAAAUAAAUGAUAUUGCACAUUCUGAUGUUUCUUGUGAAAUUGAUGAAAGAAAGGUGGCACUGCUGUGGGGAGUUGUGAACUGCUAUUCUCAUAUGUCUAUUGUUGAUGCUGUUCCAUCUCUGUUGGUGCAUCUUAUGGAUGCGAUAGAUCAGCUUCUAGCCGUUAAUGCUGGUAUUCCACCCUUUCUCGUUUCAAAUAUGAUUUUCUUUUAUGAGCAGUUGUCCUGUAGAACCUUGUCUCUGGGCAAUAUUAAAGUUGGUUUUCCUUUUGGCAAUUAUAUUAGGUUUGCUAUGAUUUUUACUUGGGUUUAUAGUUGGAUUGUUUAUUCAUUGAAUCUUUUUGAAUUUUAUUUUCUUAUUCUCUUUUUCAUCUUCAGUCCGAAUUGCAGACACUUCUCAAAUUGUCCCUAUUUUAUCGUUACUCUUUGGUAUUUGAAUAACCCUCUCACUUUUAUACAUUAUAGUUCUUCUUUGGGAGACAUUGGGUGUAGAAUGUACCAUCCAGAACUUGAAGAAAUGACUGCAGAGGAAGUGGCAUCAUUUGGUGAUAAUUUGUGCCACUCAGACAAGGAGGUUCGCAUUUCAACUCUUAAAAUACUCUGUCACUACAAGUCUUUAGGUGAGGAAAAUUCUUCUAUGGAUCAGUCAGCUGCGAAAAAAGGGAAAAUCAAAGUUUUGAUGGAUCAGUCAGCUGUGAAGAAAAGGAAAAUCGAAGCUUCCCCAACUUCCUUUGUUGAUAACACUGGAAAUAAUCCUCUCCUGGUUCUACUGUCUAUUGAAACAACUCCAGUUUCAUCUUCUACAAGCCGAAGUAUCACACUGUUGAUUUCUAAGAUACAGAUGGACCUAUCUGCUGGAAGGAUUACAAAUGUUUAUGCACCUCUUGUUUUGAGAGGGUUAUUUGGCAUCUUGAAUAUCCAAUUAAGUGAUAUCUGGAAUCCUGUAUUAGAGUGCCUUUCGGUCUUGGUUAGCCUGCAUUUUUCACUUGUGUCGGAUGCCUUUGUCGAUUAUCUGGAAAGAUGUCUAGCAAUUAGGGAAACCUCUAACAAUGCCAAUGGUGUUGCUGGUUUACUACUGCAAGCUUUACAAAAAAUUCCAACUGUUGUUGAAUCUGGCUCUCGGCAAUUCAUUCCUCUUUUUUUGAAGUUCUUAGGAUACAACACUCUUGAUCUUGCAAGUGUGGGAUUGAUUGAUUCUCUUGCUUGUAACGGAAAGGAGUGGAAGCUGAUCUUGAAGGAAUGGCUAAACUUGUUGAAACUUAUGAAAAAUCCCAAGUCAAUAUACUUGAGCAAAUUUAUUAAGGAGGUUCUGCAGAAUAGGCUUAUUGAAGAAAACGAUCCUGAAAUACAGUUUAGAGUUCUGGAUUGCGGAUUGCCUAUUAAUCUGGAAAGAUGA